UAAUGGUCGUAACUCAUUAAAAUGUUUUACCUGCGGAACAGGCACAACUUGGCUCCGUGAAAUCAUCCAUCAAAUACUGUACAGCAAUGAACCUGAUCUUCUUGCAAAGAUGAAACACUUUUCGCCAGUUUUUUCAUGCUUGGAAAUCGGGCCAGUCAGCAAAUUCGAAGUGGUGGAUAAUCUUAUUAUGCGACAAAGAGUUUUUAUGACCCACUUGUCACCAGCAUGCUUAAACUUUGACAAGUUUCAACGUAAAGGUGUAAAGCUUAUCUACAUCAUGAGAAAUCCCAAAGACCAAGUUAUUUCCUGGUAUCACUUUGCUCAUCAACACCAUUUCAUUCAAAACAAAGUCGAACCUUGGGACCAACUUUGUCCUGAAGAUUUCGGCAAGUUCAUUGAUAUCUGUAUAGAAGGAAAUCAAGGAUACUUUGGAAAGCAAAGAGAAGGCUACUUGGAACACGUAAGAUAUUGGUACGAACAUAAAGAUGACCCAAAUAUUCUAUUUGUGAUGUAUGAAGAUUUACAGCGGGAUUUUUGCAAAGAAGUUCGGAAAAUAUCCGAUUUUCUUGAAGUACCGCUUUCAAAUGCACAAGUGGAUCAAAUAAUGAAAAACACGUCAAUACAGAGCAUGAAAAAAAAUGUGCCAGACAAAGCAACAGACCUUGCAAAAUCUAUGGUCAGAAAAGGUAAUGUAGGGAAUUGGAAAGAUCAUUUCACAACCGAACAAUCUCAAUAUUGUGACGACAAAGUGAAGAGAAUAUUAGGAAACACCGACAUACAGUUCACUUACGAACUUUAACCGUAACAUCUCCAAAUAUUCUUUAUUAUCUGUAUGUUUUCACUCGGCGAGUAACUUAUUUGUUAAUACAUCUGUUCUGCUGCGCAAUCUUUAUGCACCGCUUGCCCAAUUACUAAUUAUGCAAUUUUUUUACGAUUAUUUUAUUUUUUAUACGACUAUUAGUUUGGGAAAACAUUGACUGACUACUAGUUUGAAGCAAUGAUCGUUAAGUGCCUCACCCAAGAACACAUACGUCUACAAUGGAAACAGCAUUAAGCUUACACAAUGGCAAAGAAGUUUCUUGUAAAUACGCUUUUUACCACAAGUGUGUUUGCGACUGUUUUGUUCGUAUGAAUGUAACUUAAUUUAUCCCCGCGUGGCUGGAAAAAGACAGUCGUUAUAUACGGGUGUAUACAUCACCUCUUGCCAGCUUACAAGUUACCAUGUAUAUUACAUUUUUAUGUUUCUCUAUCCUGUAUUAUUUAGCUCAUCAUUAAAAUAUACAAGUUUCA